GGAUCUUGAAAACUAGUUCCUAGCUACCCUAAAUGAGGGGUGGGCUCUCGGUUUGGCAGACAGGAUGGGGGGACCCUUGUUCACUCAGGGUUACCCUAAGUGCCACCUCACCACGGGAGCCAGUGACCUUGAUUUGGAGGAAAGCAUGGGGACAGCCCCACAGAGAAAUCUUUAGACUCCUCCGGAAAACUAGUAUAAACAAAGGGCGGCCUUAACUUCUGCCUAACUCCGGUGAUCCGCUGAGCUCCAUCCCCUGGCACCCGCCGGGCGGCUGGCCAGGCUGGGCGCAAACUCUGGGCGGGUAGCUAGGUUGUCCCCGGGGCGGUCGGGGAGAAACAGCUCCAGGAGGCUGGGGGUGGGGAGGCUGAGGUCCUGGUUCCUCCAGCCCCUUCCGCUGCCCCUCCUCUUGCUCCGCCACUCCUCUGCGAUGGCCCGGGAGGGCGCCCCGCCGGCGUUUCCCUCUUCCACGCAAAGCAGUGCGCUCCCGCUCCAAGCUGCGCACAUCGCUCUCCCCAGAUCGCGACCCCGUGUCGGGCAGGCAAGGGGCGAGGCCUGCGGACCUCACUCUCACCCACCCGGAUCCCGGGCUGGAAGUCCCUCCCCGAAGUCUUCCGCAGGCCCAAGAGGGGAAGGGUGGAGGACGGCCUCACCUCUCAGAGGGAUGGAGGGGAUGGAGGCCGAAGCUGCCCGCCACAGCCCUCCAAAAUCCAAGCCUUGGAGCAGAACAGCCAGCCCCAUGCAGGUAACAUCAGCUGUACCACAGCUGGAUAAUGGAGCCCUCCCAAGACCCUGGCCAUGCCCUCAGGAAGACAGAACUCCCACCUGGAUGAGUCCUCAGCCUCCCAGAACACAGGAGCUGCAAAAGCCCUCUGUUCUGGAGUCUAAAGUGAGAGCUUUGAAGGAGAUGACAGCAAAUAAACAGGGGGACAGCCCCUGCCCCCUUUCCCAUGAGUGUUCAUCCCCUAAGAAAUCCAAAUGCCCACAAGGCAAGGCCAGGGGAGUCCAGAGCCUUCCCGAAGGCUCUCCCUUGCCAGAUGCUGUGCUGGUCCCCCAUGCCGAGAACCCCAGUGAUGGGCAGCUUGACAGCAGUGUCAAUGAAAACCAACCCACCAGGAAUGGGGUGCUUAGGCCAUCCAGGUCACUCACCCCUGGGCUUGAGUGCCAGAAUGGGCAGAGUCCGUGGCCUCCAGAAGCAGUAUGGAUGUUGUGUGAACAUGAGAAGAGUCUGCUUUCAGGGCCCAGCUCUUUGCAAGAGAGCCUCAUCCACAGAACUACUCCAGCUCAGCCAGAAGGGUCUAGUCCUUGUAAAGUCUCCUGCAUACCCAACCUGACAAAAGGAAGGGUGCACCACCUGGAAGACCAUCUGUCUAUGGCACUAGAUCUGGACAGCACACCUUUGACCUCUGAGAAGGACUUAAACCUCAGGACAGUCCCACAGGGGACACUCUGGAGAGCUGGAGAGCUGCAGGCUCUGGGCCCAGGGGAUAAUGCCUUGUCCCUGUCUGACCAAGUAGAGAAGAACCGUCUUCUGCUGCAGGAGAUGCUUAAGGUCUCUGGACAGAGUUGCCCCAAGGUGGCAACCCCAGCCUGGACUCCUUCCCUGGAUGGAAGUAUAUCAGAGCGACCAGCAGGGGACAGGGACUGGGAUUCAGGACGCUCCCCACAGGACUCAGACCUGAACAGGACCUUUGGUUCCAAGCCGGAGCCCGUGCUGAGCGCCAAGCAUAAAGAAGCUAAGCAUCUGCUGCAACAUGCCCGCAUGAAGGCCAAGACCCGGCCCCUCCGUGCCAGCCAUGACCUUGUGCCCACCGUUGCUCAGGGCAUCCGGGAGGAGGGGAAGUUGAUGCCAGCUGGGUCCCAGGAGAACCCACAGACUGGAGGCAGGGAUGACCUGAGAAGCCCAGCCCAGGACCCCAGGGUGACCUGCAGCGAUGGCCUCCAGAAUGGGACUGUGAGUGACUCCUCCAGCGAGGCGUCCAGCGGUGGGCAGGGGCCCAGGCGGGGCAGCCCCGUAUCGCAUGUCCGAUUCGAGGAUGAGUCUGCCAACGAGGCCGAGGUCCGCUACCUGGAGCGGCUACAGCAGCGCCAGCGGCGGGCGCUGAGCACCGUGCUGCAGAAGGUGGGCCAGGGACCCCUGCGCUCCAAGCCUGACCUCGCCCACUAUGUUCGCCGGGACUUGGAUGUCACUCACCACCCAGGGCCACCACCUGUGUGGGACAGUGACAGGAAGUGUCCAGCCUGUGGCAGCUGUCUUCAAGAGGGUCACUCGGCUGAGGCGAAGGCAGCCUCCAACUUGAGGAGACCCCAGGGGGUCCAGGUUGCUGAGGGGGUGCAGGGAAUGCUGCCAGAGCCCCCAAAUUCCCAUGGCUUGAGCUCCCCAUUCUCAUUCAUCCCUGCCCAGCCAGGGAUCCACACAGAAUGGAUCCGGGAAACACACAUUGGGGACACUGCCACCUGCCCUGAGGAGGGAGACUGUGCCCUGGACAGCAAAGAGGUGGGGACCUCUCAGCUCAGCAGGACAGGUGGGCUGAGCCAAAGUAAUAGUCCCAGGCAGCAAAGUCACAGGUGGCCCAGGAAGGUGAAGAUGGAGCUGCCCUGGGACCUUCAGGCCCAACCUCACCUGCCUGAGAUUGAUGAUGUAGAGAAGGGAGAUGAGGUGGAAGGAGAGAGAGGUCACACUCUGAAGGGGACUGAGUUUCUGAGAGAAGAUGCUGUUUCUAAGCCCCCUGUUCUGAAACCUCAGAAGGCUUCCCUGGGGUCUGAGAGACCUAAACCACAGCUUGGAAAUCACCGAACAAACCCUGUGGACCAGACUCCAUGCAAGACAGCCUGUGCCACAAGAACACUUUCCAUGAACCUUGGGCCCUCAGGGCCGGGCAGACCAGACCAAGGUACAGAAAGUCACAAGUCUCUGGAAAUUGUCUCUGCUUCUUCCCUGUCACAGAGCCACACACAGUCCUCUGCCCCGCUGCCAGCCCAGCAGCUAACUGCUUUCCUCUCUCCUGAAGGCUGGAUGCCAACCCCUCCCCCUCCAAGGAAAACCACCUGCCCUGUGUCUCACAGGAAGUCAGCCCUGGCUGGACCCCGCAGGCCAAGGGGCCAAGCACAGCCUGUGGAUCUCACCCUGUCUCAGUCUCCUCCAGGAACUGUGGUUCUCAGUCUGACUCAGGCUCAGGCCUGCAGACCUCAGGUCAAGCACCCACGACUGGACCCAUCUACCAACAACCACCUUCCUCAGCCCCAGAAAACAGCUGUCCAUAAAAGCAGGGCAGAGAGGAGCCCCUGCAGCCAGGAUCCCCAGCUGCCCCUGGAGAGCAGUGUUAAUGGACUCCAGGGUGCUCCAGGCUCAGAUGUUGCCACCAUCAACUCCACAGGCAUCACCCUCUCCCUCUCCCUGGCCCCAGAGGAGCCUGCGUCCAGUCAGGAACUGGAAGGAGUUCUGCAGAGGUUGGAGCCUAGCUCUGGAGGACAUGUGCCACCUGGAACACCACCAGGGGCCAGAGCAGAGUCCAGACCACCCUCAGCUGUUCCUUCUGAUGGGAAAAAGAAAAGGAGCAACAGCAUUGUCUCUGCCCUGGGGCUGAAAAAACUUUUCUCAGCCUUGGGCCACACUUCCCAGCCCAAGAUUGGCAGAGCUCGGAGCCACAGUAUGGAGCAGCUGCAGCCCAUGGCGCCGGGCCCAGUGUCACAUACCAGCACCCCUAAAGUGAAGAGGGUCCCAUCAUUACAAUCCUUGCAUCUGAACUUCCAUUCUCUGCUGAGCAGCAAGGGAGACCGGUCCAGUGUCUACCUGGUAGAGGAGUCAGGGGACCCCAACACACCUGUCAGGUCAGCCAAGGGCCCUCCCCGGAGAACCCUCAGCGUGGAGGAUGUGGGCGCCCCCAGCCUGGCUCGCACAGUGGGCCGGGUGGCAGAGGUGUUCCCAGAUGGCACGAACCAGUUGCAGUUGCAGCGCCCCCGUGAGGGCACUUUUGGCUUCUGCGUGGCUUAUGGGAACGGGCAUGGAGACUCAGGGCUCUACGUGCAGGAGAUGGCUGACCUGGACACUGCCAAGCUGUACUCCGGACUGCUCGGGGUGGGGGACGAGAUCCUGGAGGUGAAUGGGGCCAAGGUGGCCGGGCUGGGUCUGGCUCACAUUAAGGAGCUCCUGGCCCACUCAGAGAGCUUGUCAAUCCGCGUCCUUAGACACAGGCCUGGCCCUCGGUGACCCAGGGGUGGCCUCCCCUCACUGUUACCCCUGCCCCUGCCCCCAGGGUGGGAGGUUGCCUGGGGAACACCCUGCGCACUGCUGCUUUGUGGGCCAGAAACGCAGAGCCUGGCAUCCAGGCUCUAAGGCUGUUGACAGCGUUGUUGAUUGAUCACCAGAGAGCAUUAAUUUAUGCAGAACAGGGGAAAGGGGAGAAAACAACUCUGCUCCUCAGAUGACCCAGGUUGUGACAUUGAGUUACCUCUUUCUCGCUGGAGGAAGGGUCCAGCAGGUCCUUUGGCUGAUCCUCACCUGUAUGUCCUCCCCCCUACUUUAAAA